GUCUUUAUUUUCGGAAAGACAAAGAGAAAGAGCGGAAGAAAAAACUGAAGCUGAAAAAUACCUUCUGUGACUGCCGACUGGUGCCUGGUAGAGUGGUAUGCAGGAAUCAACAAAGAAAAAUUUUAAGUUAGAGGGGCUGACUGAGUUGAUGAAAAAAGAUCAAAAUCAAGAUGAAGAUGAAGAAAAGAAAGGCUGAUUUGGUUGCUUAGUGGAUUGCUAAAAAUUGUUAUCAAGAUUGCUGUGUUUGUUUUUUCUCGACAUGGUUUCCCCAAAUCCUAAUGCUGAGAAAGCAGUAGUGCCAAAGAAAGAGAUCAUGGAUUUUGAGUUGCCACUUGAGCCCUCAAACGCAGGGCAUGUUGAGACAUUGUAGGAUCGGGGAAACCGAAGCUUCAACGUUACACAUUGCGUUCAGGGACUAAACUCAAGGAAGAAAAGCCACCGGCCCCUGAAUUAUCAAACCCUUUUUCCACUUCUGUAUCUAAGCCACUACGACUCAGACCCCUUUUCUAGGCCACCGAGCCAUGGAGAUGGAGCCCAGAUUUAGGCCUAUUCAAAAAAGUAAUUAAGGGGUUUUGGGCCCAACUCAAGCAAGCUAAAGCUCAGUUUCAGCCCAAACUCAAUUUUGGACUCUGUUUUGCAGCAAGCCUCAGCCCAGACCAAAAAACAAUGUUCUCCAUCACCACCACGCUUCCAAGGCGACCCAUACUCAAAGCUUCAAUGCCUGUGGCUUUCUACUUCUAAUAUUAACACUGAAUUUCAAAUCUCUGCAACUCAAUUAUAGACUAUAGAGAAACAAAGCAAAAACAAAUGAUGGGUACCUCUGAAUCAGACGAUUGCUCCUUUGUUUGGGACGAGAAUUCUCAGCUCUAUUUCCAUGCCAGUAGUGGAUUUUACCAUGACCCAGUUGCUGGAUGGUACUAUAGUGGUAGAGAUGGGCUUUAUUACAAGUUUGAGAAUGGAAAUUAUGUGCUUAUGGAGUCUGAAAAGAGUGGUGAAGGUGAAAUUGAUCAGAACAAAGAAACUGGUUAUGAUAAUCCCAGUCAAGAUGAAACAUUUAGAUGUGGCAGCAAUGAAAAUUUCCAUGCAUUCCAGGGAGAUGAAUGUGAAGUUUACCAGUGUAUAGAGACUACUCCUGAUGAAAACAGGCUAGGCGACACAGAGUGCUCCAACAGUAGUGAACCUGAAAAUCCACCUCCUCCAUCGGAAUGGUUAGAAGAUACACUUAUUGAACUUUAUUUGUCUGGUUAUUCCAAGCCAGUAGUUACUGAUUCUGAUCAUGUGAUGAUGCCCUUGGAAACAGAUGAUGCACUGCCUGCUGAAGGGACCAGUGAUGCUUAUGAGCUGGAAGGAGAAUGGUGUCCAAAGAACCAUUGUGAUGUAACUAAUUCAAGUGGAAAUGUCUUAGAUGAAGGUGCGUCAUGGGAUGAAGAAAACUGGCGAGCACAGUAUGGUCAAGUCAUUAAAUCUGGGGAAGAGCCAAUGCCAGAAUUUGAAGUUGUGGAUUUAUGGGACUGGGAAAAGGUUACAGGGACCAGAAAGGAUGGAAAAGGUGAGGUGGUGAGGCUGGUUGGAAGAUUAGUGAGAAGGUCUGCCAAGUGUCAUCCGUCCAUGCCUUCAGGUGGUGGUCUCCUAAAAACUGCCCCAAUAUGUGAAGUACAUCUUGAUCUGGUACGAGUCACGUCAGGUCAAGUUUAUAAGUUGCGGACACCAAAUGCAAGAUACCUAGCUUCAUUGUCAACUUAUGAUUCUUCCAACCCAACAAAAGAUUGGGGAUUCCCUGAAUUAUUAGUAGAUAGUCACUCUCUCCCAUUCUCUAAAUCUAGUGGAAACCAUGUAUCAAAAACUGCAGAUGGAGUAUCCACCAGCAAAGAUUUUUCUACAUUACCAGAUAAUCUUUCCACAUUUGGACAGCAGAGAAUCCAUGUGUAUAGGGACAGAGCUGCCGAGAGAAGAACCUUGCAUGGGGGUUUUGGAGUGGCCCCUGGACAAAAGAAUUCAAAGUUUGAUGAAGAUGAACAGUCAUCAUCAUAUGCUUCUGCCAAUACAGAAGAAGCUGCAGCCGAGGCCUUGAACAUGUCAUUUGGAGCUGGUAGUUAUGCCAGAAAACUUCUGAAAGGCAUGGGCUGGAAGGAGGGGGAGGGACUUGGCAGCACUACAAAGGGGAUGGUGGAACCAAUACAGGCAGUUGGAAACGUUGGUAACGCUGGAUUGGGGUGGCCUCAGGGAAUAGCAAAGCACCAUUGAGAUAACGGAACAUAUCCAGCAUAUACAAGUGUAGUCCCAAUUGUUAAGGCUAUUACAAGCGUUUAGCUCUUUCUUUUUAGCUCUCUCUCUCUCUCUCUCUCUAGUUUAUAGUGGUCCUUAGCCAAAUCUGCUUAUUGUUCUCAAAUCUUUUUUUAAAUGAUGAAAUCCUACCAUAUUUUUCGGUGGUGUGGUAGUCUA